AUGCGACUCAUCGAUACCACGACUGGCGAGUUCCGCUCAUUCAAUGGUACUCUCGAUGUGCCGUAUGCGAUUCUCUCCCACACGUGGUUCCUCGAUGGUGAACAGUCCUACCAAGACAUACUCGCCAUCCAGGAGAGUUUUCGGGCGCAGAGGAACCUCAGCGACGCUUGCGCUCGAGCGCGAGAAGAUGGAUACGAGCUGCUUUGGGUUGAUUCAUGCUGCAUAGACAAAAGCAGUAGCGCGGAGCUCUCAGAAGCUAUCAACUCGAUGUUCGAGUGGUACAGCCGCGCCAGUAUCUGCUAUGUCUAUCUUGCAGACGUAGAUGAUGAUGACAUCGUCGAUGACCCACAUUCCCAAUUCCGUCGCGCUCGAUGGCACAAUAGGGGCUGGACAUUACAGGAGCUCGUCGCGCCGCGGUACGUGGUUUUCUUCUCCCGGAACUGGCGGCCUCUUGGGACGAAGAGCACCUUGUCCCGUGUCAUCGAAGCCGUGACAGGUGUGGACCGCGCAAUCCUCAACCAAGAUCGACCUGUUCACUCCGCGAGUGUCGCGCGGCGGAUGUCUUGGGCAGCGAAGCGAGAGACCACCCGAGUGGAGGAUCAGGCGUACUCGCUCCUAGGAAUCUUCGGCCUCCAUCUUGCGACUAACUAUGGAGAAGGCCGGAACGCGUUCGUCCGCCUCCAGGAAGCCAUUCUUCGUGCCAUCCCAGACUAG